AUGCAAUACAAAUCUUUGGUUGCCGCUGCCGCCGUUCUUGGCUUGGCUGCUGCUAACAGUAUAACAGACUCCACAUUGACCACAGCCACGCCCUCUGUGACCCUGUCGUGUUCCUUCAAGGACUUCACUGCAACUGCCCUGUCGCAGGUUGCCUCGGUGGCCGCAUGUGCCACUGCCGUGGGAGACAUUUACAUUUCUGGCGAUGCGUUUGGCGCCAUCGAUCUCACCGGCGUCGAGCGGAUCUACGGAGACUUGAACAUUAACGGCACGCAGCAGGCCACGUCGUUCAACGCCCCCACUUUGGAGUUGGUUUCGGGCGAGCUUCUGAUCUCGUACGCCACGAUCUUGGCCAGCGUCAACUUGGCGCAAUUGACCACCGUCGGCACGUUGACCUACAACGCGUUGCCAGCGUUGGAGUCCACCGGCUUGACCACGGGUGUCACCUCGGCCGAGAACAUCUUGUUCACCAACACCGGCUUGACGUCCUUGAGCGGUAUUGAUGUCUACGAGUUGACCACGUUCGAGGUCAGCAACAACGCGGACAUUGCCACGAUCGACUCCGGCUUGGAGUCCGUCACCACCCUCUUAACCAUCAACUACAACUCCGACAAGGUCGAGGUGUACUUGGACCUGUUGACGUCUGCCAAGAGCGUGAUUUUCCAGAGCAUUGCGUCGCUCUCCGUGGCCAACUUGACCACCGUCAACGGCUCCCUUGCGUUGCAGUCCAACUCGUUCGACUCGUUCGAGUUCCCUGUGUUGACUUCCAUCGGCAACUCGCUCUCCAUCGAGGACAACGACAACUUGGAGGAGUUUGACUUCCCCGUGUUGAAGACCAUUGGCGGUGCGCUCAGCAUCGAGGACAACGACGAGUUGAGCUCGUUCUCCUACUUCCCCAACUUGACCACCAUCGGCGGCUCCGUGACCAUCGACGGCGACUUCGACAACGGUACUUUCCCCAGCUUGACCAAGGUGUCGGGCGGUUUCAACUUGACCACCACCGGCGACUUGUCGUGUGACGCGUUCACCGAGUUGAACAGUGAUGGAGACAUUGAGGGCGACGAGUUCUACUGCGAGGGAGCUUCUUCCACGGUGUCGUCGUCUUCUGCCAAGACCACCACCACCAAGAGCACUUCCACCGGAACGUCCGGCUCGUCGUCGACGUCCACUUCCUCCAGCACCUCGUCCACCAAGAGCUCUGGCGCUGCCCCAGCCGCCGGCUUGAAGUUGGUUUCCGUCGCCUCGUUUUUCCUUGGUGUCGGUGCUCUCUUGUUCUAA